UAAGGGAGAUCCUUGCCCACCUCGAAGAUGACGCAAUCCCCAAGAAGGACAGAAGAGGCGCCCUCGAAUACGCAAUAACAGUGCUGGAUGCAGUCGCAGCCGAGGGCGAAUCGAAGUUGGUUCCAGACGAGGAUGACCUCAGCGAAGUUGAACCGGAUGCAGUUCCCACGGAGGUCCGUGAUUGGUUGGCGUCGACCUUCACGCGACAGAUGCAGGUUUCCACGAGAGCAAGGACCGAGAAACCUCGUUUUCGUUCUAUUGUUCAAGCUGUUCGAGCGUGCAACAGAGUAGAUAGGCUCUGCAGAAAACUAUCGGGGUCAGGUGUCAACUACCCGCCCGGAGUGGUCAACUUGUUGAAGAACCUCGAUGACUGGUCGUUUGACGUGUUUGCUGUCAAUGUAGCGUCCAAUAGCCAGGCGCUGAGAUACGUCGCCUAUGAAGUCCUGAAGACAUACGACCUGUUAGUCAAGUUCAAGAUCAACUCUGGGGUGCUGUUUAAGUUCCUGGACGCGUUGGAGAGCGGGUACGGGAAGCACAGCAACCCUUACCACAACCAGCUGCACGCCGCUGACGUCACCCAGACAACACACUACCUGCUGUACUCAACAGGACUCGUGCAAUGGCUGGCAGAUGUGGAGAUUCUGGCGGUCGUGCUAUCAGCAGCCAUACAUGACGUAGAGCACACGGGCGAGACUAACAGCUUCCACGUCAUGUCAAAGUCGCCGAUGGCGCUGCUGUACAAUGACCGCGCCGUUCUGGAGAACCACCACAUCAGCACGGCCUUCAGGCUCAUGGAGGACGACAGCCUCAACAUUCUGGGAAACCUUUCAAACGACGACUUCCGGACUCUGCGGACGCUGACGAUAGACAUGGUGCUGGCCACGGACAUGUCCUUCCACUUUCAGCAGGUCAAACAGAUCAAGAGCCUUUUGUCCUGUCCUGAAAGUAUUGACAAGUCCAAAGCGCUGUCGCUGCUUCUCCACACGGCUGACAUCGGCCACCCUGCCAAGCCCUGGCACCUGCACGCCAGGUGGACGGAGCAGCUCAUGGAGGAAUUCUUCAGACAGGGAGACAAAGAGAAAGCCCUCGGCUUGCCAUUCUCACCGCUCUGUGACAGAAAUACCACGGUGAUAGCAGAUUCACAAAUAGGUUUUAUAGAUUUUAUAGUUGACCCGACGUUCCAAGUGAUGGGCGACAUGCUGGAGAAGAUCCUCACGCCGCUCGCCCCCAAGCAGCUUGCUGAAGAACAGCAGCAGAGGAGGGCGUCGGACAGCAGAAUAUACCAGGAGAAGGAGGGGAAACAGAAGAAGCCCCACAUGGUGCUGAAGUCUACAUACCAGCUGAAGAGACCCUGGCAAGACAACCUCAAGAUCAACAAGAGGAACUGGAAGGAGAAAGCCGUAAAAGGGCAAAAGAGAUGAAAGAGAACAACAACGAAAACGGUCACGGCGAGGCAACAACACAAGAAGACGGCUCCAGGACCGACGCUGACGUCACGGAGGGGACCAAUGAGAACAAAGGGGGGAAUUCCGUAGACGCAUCAUCAUCAUCAUCUAAGACAACUAAGGACAGUAGAGCGGGAAAGAGAAUACUAGCUACAGGAUCGGGGCACAGUAUCGUGAUAGACAGCCCGGCUGGGGACGCCGUAAAGACAGGCUGCACGACAAAGGAGACUCGGGCGGAACCAUGUGAACAGGAGGAGGGGGUGGCAGAUGCCAGGAAAUCGAAGGCAGACCAGGAGACCGUGUACCCUCAAAGACGAUCAGGAGUGUCCAUCAUCAGACAGAACGCCACCAGUUCUCCAGAGGAAAGCCCGAAGACGCACUCAUCUGCAGUAUCGAUACGAGACGUCCAUGUCAAUGUCAAUGUGAAGAACAGCAAACCAGCUUCGUGAAUUUUCUCUCAACACAGGAUCCUACUGUCACGAAGGAACGGUUCGCUCACGAGACUGGGGCAACGCGCCAUGAAACAAGCUCUAAACGGAAGCCCAGAUUUGCGUGGGCGUUGCCAUGAUUCAUCACUUCCUGUGUACGUGUCUACAACAUUGGAGCAGAGCCAAACCAAGAUAUCAAAUUCUCCAAAUAUUCCAUUACACCACACUCCCUGGCAGGCUGCCUAACUUCGGACACACGCCAGGACAAGUAAACAAACACCCAACCUGAUUGCAAUGCAUAUACCUCCAUUUUUACUGAGUCCACACAAAGCCAUAUUUUUGCUUGGAUAAAAGGAACUCAAUGCUCACCUUCCCGCGUUAUUAAAUCGCUCUUAGACUAGUACAAAUGAAACAUAUUAUCAACUGAUCUAAUCAGUUUUUUUUGGUGGGAAUACCUGAAAUUGUUUAAUAAAAUCGAGGUAGAAUCGGAAAAACGCCGAAAAUACAAUAAUUCCUAAUCAUUCGUCACAAUAAGGAUAUUCACGAUCUCGAGUACGCAUGCGCGCCGAAAUGCAUGGUGGGUAAUUUGUCAAAGGUAAAGACCCCUAUCUUGUAAACAAGUCAGGUCUCACUCAUUGUUUCAGUUUUCGUAACAAUGUCCAGACGUGUUUUGUGUAUCAUUUGGCAUAUUACCUAUAAUAUAUUUCUCUGCGCAAACGUACUUAGAAUUGUGAACCUCCUUAUGAAGUCAAGUGUGAAAAAAAAUGUUUUGGGUCCGAAUCAAAUCGUAGUGUUCCUGAGGUCACACCUAAACUUUCUCUGCUGACAGUAUAACUCUGGGUCUUGAUACUGGAAUCUAAGACAUUUAGAUGAGUUCAGCACUGAACAUAUUCAUCAUCAUCAUCAUCAUCACCACCAAGCCAUCCCUGCGCCAGAAAAAGUCGUGUUUUGAAGCACACAGAUUCUAGAAAAUUCCUUCUUGGAGAUGGACCUUAUCGCUCAGUCUUUUUGCGUGUGAUGUAACUGUCUGUCAAUCAGUCAGAAAUUGAAAAUCUCUCUCUCUCUUGAGGUGCAGGGUUAAACAUGAUAUCAUUGAAUAGCAUUGUCUGAUAGAAGGCACAAUAUGUCGCCUAAAGCUGAAAUACGUCAAAAUACGUCAUUUACUAGUUCCGAAUGAGGUUUUCUGUUCUUCAACGUCGUUAUGGUCACAGAGAAGAAGUAGCUUAAUUUUAGAUUUUCUAUCAUUGUAUGCAAACAUCAAAUCCAUGUUUACUACAUAAAGUGCAUCAAAACACGGACAGAAAGAGCAGGGAAUUCUAUGCCAGGCUGAGGGAGAUUUUUUAGUAUUAUCGUCUUUGUUAAGUAAUUAAAAAGCUCUGCUUUAAGAAACCUUUUAAAAUAUGGAGCCUAAUAUGAUAAUGCAUAAUAUGGUGUUGUUAUUGUUAUGUAUGUCCGAUAUGUACUUCCUUCGUCGUAUAAACAUUAAGCUUUGUAAGAGAGUUUCUACCCAUGUUAAAAAUUGUACGUAUACAAUAUCCUUCCAAUGUAUAUAACGUUAUAUAUGUGCUUGUCAUCAUGGAAUCUCAAUGGGAAAUUUCACCAUACCAAACCAUGCCUCGCUCGUGCCCUUGUACAUGUAACAGAUACUGUAAACAACGUGUCGCUGUUACAACUUGGACGUAUUGUACAAGUCAAAUGCAAAUAUGAUAUCGAGUUCACUACGUGUGAUUGUUGGCUUUAUGUACACAUACAUUUUUGUAGUGGUUUGAGAUACUGGAACGUGAGAGUAUGCAAUGAAUUUUGUACAACCAUUUCUCCUAGGCAGAGCCUAGUCCAAAACUAUACAAUAUACUACUGGUAGACCGGGCAGAGGUUUCCACUUUUGUGGGCGUGGCCUCUAACAACUUGUCAGCCAAUGAGAGGAUCGGAUUUACUUACAGAAAGCUCUGAUUGGCUGAUAGUUAGUUAGACGCCAUGACCACGAAAUUGGAUAUCUCCGCUCGAUUUGGCAGAGACUCCCCAAGGUAUAUUGUAUAAGCCGUAAUCAAGCAAGGCUCUGCAUAGGCCACAACUUUGUAUAUGGAAUCGAUGUUUGUAUCAAAUGCACGGACAUUUUUGUACGACAUCCGCAGAAAUUUAAAGCGGCAGCGCAUGGUUUCCAGAAGUGGUAAGAAAAAGGGAUGAUUUGCAUAUGACGUCACGUGUCACGUGAUUUUGUUUACGUCGCCAUCUUGGGUAUUAAAAGUUUGUCGUCUGCAGUUCUACGUGACAUUGACGGGAUUCCGGACGCUGAUAGGCUAUCAAAACGAUGUUUCACAUCUGGAAACUUGUGGCAAGACCAUGUGCAACCAAAACGUGGUCGUGCUUGUUGCGUGCGAUCCAUGGCUGUAACGGUCACUCAGUGAGAGUUCUCAAAGAUAUCAUUACUAUCCAAGUUUGCAUCAUUGGAAAUGACAAAUGUGUAACGUUAGUUAAGUCUAGUGUAGUUUACGGUACUGCAUCAAAUACAGUUGUACAUCUUUGCUGUGGUAUAUGAGAAUUUUGAUGGGUGAAAGAACAGUGCUAUGCAUUUGUAAACCGAGAAGGCUAUAUCAGGAAAACGUUAACGUUUGUUGUGAAAUGGAUUUUAAUAAUAACGCCACACAUAAAAUGUCUAUUUUCUUGGGAACUAUAAGUAUAGAUGCGGCUGGCGCAGUGGACUAACACUGGCAAACGUAAGCGUGCUUUAAGUUUUAAUGAAGACUGAAAAACGAAAAAUGCAGCGCACUAUUUUCAAUGCGCUGACACUGUUCAUCUUUUACAAAAGCGAGAUCCGAUAGGACGCGAACGAAAUAUACGUAUACUUCUUGUACGUAUGUUUAUACAUGAUACUAUUUGCAAGAGAUAGGAACAAUCGCCGAGAGAAUAAUUUAAAACUGUUAUACCUACAUAAUCUUUGUAUCCACGAGUCGUUCAGUUUGUCAUUUUUCAUCUGUUGUUAGUAUAUAUAUAUAUAUAUAUAUUAUAAGAGUGGUGUACACCACAUCAUUGAGAUUGUGAUGUGUGUAUCUACAUUUGGAUUGGGUCAGUGGUUUGUACUAUAUGCGUGUGCUGUGGCUAACUUUUGAACUUAAACCUUACACAAUACGAUGUAUCAUACACACCACGAAAUUGAUAAUUCUCUGUACAUAUAUCUAUCUAUCUCGGUCUUCGUUGAAAUACUUUUAUCCAACCAUUUAAAGUAUAUGCGUAUGUAUACGUGAAAACGGUGUAUUAUUCAAAUUCGCCUACAAGUUACCAUUCUGCAGUAUAUCUUCCAUAGACAGUUGAGUGCCGCCAACAUGGCUACCCCAGUUUUGCAGAAAUGGUUUCAUGUACAUUGCUGAUUUUACAAGAUUUUAUUUCAUAUACCGUAUAUGCAUGUGGUGACUCUGCUAUUACCUUUGUUGAUAUUCUGAUCGUCUUCAUAUCGUUGUUAAUGCAAUGAGAUUGUGAGAAUCGCUGCCUAUUGCCUGUCUCUGUGCCCCCGGUCUGAAACCUGAAUGUUGUAAAGUAAGAAACAAUUUGUAUAGAAUCUCUGGUGGCAGCAUUUUAAGGACAGAUGUUUACUGCGCGGUAUUUCUCAGUGUGCACUUGGGAAAUUAUAAACAUGAAACAACCA